AUGGAAUUUGGAACCCCGAUUUUCUGUCAAGGAAAUAAUGUAAUCAAGGCUCUAGUUGCUGUUCAACCACAGUAUAAAGCAAAUGUAAUCGUUUUGGAUCAUCCGCCAUCUGAGGUAGGGUUUGGGUUGUGGUUGUCGAUUUCGAAGGAGAAUCGAAGUGGGUGCCUCAAUUGUAUUUCGGCAUUGCCCCCAUCAAAAGACAAUGGCGGGCAUAACAGUAGUCAUCUGGAUAGUAGCAUUUCUUAUAGAAGCACGAAUAGGAGGCAUGAGAGCAAUGUUAGUGCUUCAUGCUCAUCAAGCAAAAGAGUAGAAGAGGGUAGUUAUUCAAGGGAAGAUGAAGGUCUAAGAGACGAGGAGAUCAAUGAAUUUCUUCAGUCAAGGGUGAAGCAUGGUCGAGGUUCUAUAGGUUCAAGGAUGUAUGACACUGGACCUUAUCUGCCCACAAGUUCUACGUUCCCAGGGAAGCUUCCGACAACCUCCCUCGGAAUGGAACAUCUUGUCAAGUUGGGUCCUGAGAAGCCUUCUUCACUGAGGCAUGAUGAGUCUUUUUUCGAUUCAGAUCCCCAUGUACAUAGAAAGAAGAAAGAUAAGGACGACCUUGCGAGAUCGGAUAAAAAACACAGUAAGAAGCACAAAUCUAAAGAAAAAGGUAGAGAUAAGUAGAAGAAAGAAGAGAACAGAAGUGAACAUAGCAAGUGAAGCUGAAUAUUUGUCAACUUCUGUAUACUACUGGAUUCUUAGUUCUUAUUCUAUGAUGCUAAUUGAUCAUAUAUGCUUGAACACCA